CUGAGUUUAAGGAAUAACUUUAUUAGUUCAUAAGUAGAUAGUAGAAUAACAUGUCAAAGCGUGUUAAAAGUAAAGAAUUUAUAUCUGAUGAUUCUGACUCGGAUGUCGAACAGUCCAAGAAAAAAAACAAGAAAGAGAAGACAGCUAAAAAAGAAGAUAAUGCUUCACAUGGCGACGACGACGCCAGCAGCUGGGAUCUUGGCAAGAAAAAGAAAGUUUCGAUCAGUGAAUAUAAAGGGCAAACGUAUAUAAACAUUCGAGAAUACUAUGAAGCUGACGGAGAAUUAAAGCCGGGUAGAAAAGGUAUAGCAUUGAAUUUAAGCCAGUGGGAUGAACUCACCAAGGUGGUGGACAAAAUCAACAAGAAAAUUAAGAAGUAACAACAUGUGGAGGAAUCCUAACUAUUCGUACAGAGAUUUGUAACAGUCCCGGUAUCGUUUGUUGAAGUUCAGUCACACAUUUUUUUGUUUUUGUUGUUGUUUUUCUUUUCUUUAUUGAUGUAAAUAAACUGACGUUUUUAUCAACAUAAAAA